AGCAUUCCGGGAGCAGUCGCUGCGGACCAGCUAGCUUAGCAAGCACGAAAAACUUUCCGCUUAAGAAGGCAAACAAAAAAUAAAGAAAAAGCAGAUAGCAAUGUGGAGCGAUGUUAAAAACAAGGUGAUACUGGUGACCGGCGCCGGUGCUGGCAUUGGCAAUGCUCUGGUCAAGCAGUUGGCCAGCGCGGGCGCCACUGUCAUCGCGGUGGCACGCAGCGAGGCGCAGCUAAAGGAUUUGGUUGCUUCUGAUGCGAAACAUAUCAAGCCAUUGCUUCUGGAUUUGUCCAAUUGGGAUAAGGUGCGCGAGGGUCUGGCCGCAGUACCACAGCUCGAUGGGCUGGUGAACAAUGCGGGCGUGGCCAUUAUCAAACCAUUUGAAGAGCUGACCGAACAGGAUUUCGAUACUCACUUUAAUGUGAACAUUAAGGCCGUCUUCAAUGUGACACAGGCGCUGCUGCCCAAGCUGCGCAAUGGCAGCUCCAUUGUAAAUGUGUCUUCCAUAGCCGCAUCCCGCAGCUUUGCUGGCCACACGGCGUACAGUGCAACAAAAGCGGCGGUGGAUUCGCUGACUAAAUCGUUGGCAUUGGAGCUGGGCGUUCGCCAAAUACGCGUCAAUUCUGUAAAUCCGACCGUGGUUCUGACCAAAAUGGGCCGUGACAAUUGGACAGAUCCGGCCAAAAGUGGGCCACUCUUGGCGCACAUACCCUUAAAUCGUUUCUGUGAGGUGCACGAGGUGGUCGAUGCCAUUGGCUAUCUGCUCAGCCAAAAGUCCAGCUUCGUCAAUGGCCAUCACAUCAAUCUCGAGGGCGGCUAUGCCGUCUCCUAAACAUACAUACAUAUGCAUUAUUGAUACCAAUAAUAUGAAGCGCACUCAAUAAAGGCUUAUAGAUGUA